GUGUCUGCUUGUUUGUGUGCGUAUUUAAAUUUGUCUGUCUAUAUCCCUUUCUCUUUUUCCACUUCUGCGAAUUAUCUGAAUUAAUUUUCCACAUUCACUCGGUAAUUGUUCUGUGAAGCUGUUUAUUUCUUACUCUUUAUUUGUUUAUUUGUCCUUUCCCCUUUCUAAAUAAUAACAGGUUAUUACAGUAUAUAUAUCUGCAAAGUUAUUAAUUCUUUUUUUUUAUUAGCCAAAUGAAAUAACAGGGAGGCAGUAUAUAAAAUGCGUUAUCUAAAAAUUCUUAUAUUAGCUAAAUACAGUAUGUCUAUUCGAACAGUUAUUUAUCUCUGUAGCUUUCAUAUUUGUUAUCUCUUUUAUUCCUAGUAAAAUGAACCGAAAGACAUUACAGGGAGGCAGUAUAUAAAUAUAUUAUAGGAAAUAUGUAUUUCACUAAGAACAGUAUUUUUAUUCGAACCGUAAUCUAUCCCAUCAGCCUUUUAUUUCUUGCUUUUUUAUUCCCAGCAGCAAAUCCAUUACUUGGUUCCGUCUAGAAUGCAUUAUACGUCACAAAAUACAGCAGGUAAGUCCAUCCUCGCAGUUGCCAAUUCCUUUGGCGUUUUAUCCCUCGGUCUCUCCGCUCCCAGCAGAGAAGACCGGAGGGCGCAGCGAGCAGGACCGCCCCAGCGACAGAGGAAUCCCGAGUCGAAGUCUUCCGCCGCAAACCGAUGGGCGGGCGAUGGGCCUCGGAGAUGGAGGACGUCCCCCUCGAGUCGGUGGACCUCGAGGAAGUCGGCCUCAGGCUAGAGAAACGAAGGUCGGAGAUCAGGCGUCGGUGUGAAACGUCCCUCUCGCCGGCGGAGCUGACGGAGGCGCCCAACAGCAGGGAGUUCCUCAUCAACAGGGACUACGGCCUCGUGUGGUGCAACGCGUUCAAGGCCGCCUCCUCCACGGGGCUCUACAACUUCCUCCUGAUGGCCGGGAUCUCCCAGAAGGUCAUAAAGGAGUCAAGGACGUCUCCCGUGGAGGUCGCCCCCAACCAGGCCUAUCCGCGGCCGUCCGUCGAGGAGCUGGGCUCUGUCGUCGCUUCGGCCAACGCCACGGCCUUCCUCGUCGUCCGGGAGCCCUUCCAGCGCCUCCUGUCGGCCUUCAGGGACAAGAUCGAGUCCAACCACCAGACAUAUUAUCGGUAACUUGCGGCGAACUGAAAUCGAUAGAUAACUGAUGAACAAAUAGAUAGGUCAUGUGUCUGUGUAGGGUGGUAUGUGCGUGUCUGUGCACAGACACGCACAUGUAUGUGAGUUUUUCCGUGUCU